AUGCCCUUCGCGCUGCGGCGGCCCACCCCAUCGACAACAUCUUCCGCCUCCUCCGCCGCUUCUACGUCAUCCAUUGCUUCGGUGGCUUCGUCCGGUGGCGCCUCCUUGCUGUCCCGGUCGACGGGACCGACGUCGGCGGAUUCAGCAGCGCCAUCCAAGCUCACGUCCGUUCCCCCGAGCGCAUUGCUCGACAUGAUCGUCGCCGACGAGUCCUCGGUCCUCGUACUCGACAUGCGCACCCACACGAACUACCUGAGCGUACACCUGCGGUCGUCGGUCAACAUCUGCAUCCCCUCGACCUUGUUGCGGCGUCCAGCCUACGGCAUCGAGCGAGUCAGUGAGGGUCUCCCCCCGGACGACCAGUCCACUUUCGCAAGAUGGUCGAGCGUACCUACGAUCGCCGUCUUUGACGCCGAUUCGAAUUCUCGACCCGAGACGUCCCCCAUGACAAGCCUGCUCAACAAAUUUGACAAGGCCGGUACCUCGGCGCAAUUGCUCUGGGUCAAGGGCGGCUGGGCCGGGUUGAAGAAGGAGAUCGUCGCCAAGGGGCUACUGAAUUCGCUGCUCGAGUAUGGGCCGAGUGGUCGACCGAACUCACCCGGAUCAGAAGCUGGUGCAGCAAAUGAGGGAGGGUCGUCGACUGGGGGAGUGAUGGAAUUCUCGAGUCCUGGUUCCAAGAAGCACGCUCGAUCGGUCUUGCAGGUUCGCGACUUGCCUAUCGCCGCUUUCCAACAGUCGUCGACGCAGGCGUUCGUUCAGUCCGGUGGUGUCGGAGGACGACCGACGGCAGAGUCCAACACGCAGAACGACAGUGGGUCCGAGCAUAGUCGACAUGGUCGUUCGGGUAGCCAAGGGCCUGGAGUGAUCAAGCGUAUGAAGAGUGGGUAUGCGCCGUAUAGUAGCUCAUCGAGCAAUAACGGACAGGACGGGAGCUCGACGGAUAGUGGUGCCGAUCGACGUGUGGCGACAAAUCCUUUCUUUGACAACAUUCGCCAGAACAGCGAGGUGAGUUUCAAGACUUUUGGGGAAUACGAUUCAGAACAGCGAGGGGCUAACUCCCUUUGUGGUCUACAGGCACUGUCGCUUUCUCGCAUGCUCGAGAACCUUUCGCCAGUCGAGUUCGAUGUUAUUCCAGCCCACCUCCGAACCCGCCUCCCGCCCUUCCUUUCAGCCUUGACCGCUCUACCACCCUUCGAACGUGCCCGCGUGCUAGCAUAUCAGUUCUACGAGCUUGAGUCGGCCGAACGCAAGCGCUUGCAAGGCGCCCUCAAUUGGCAUGCGAACGUGCAGGGCAAGGACGGCGAGCACGCCCACGAGUCGGCAAUGUAUCAAAAGUUUGGCAUCUCGGCCGGAGUCGAGUUGGGGGGUCUGAAUCGGUUCAAGAACAUUUUUCCUGUACGUUGCAUGCACGGUACUGGUGAGAAUAUCCGAGCGCAUGUCUGAUCCAGGUGUGUUCAAACAGUACGAGCACGCUCGGGUCAAGUUGAAUCGACAUGCCUCAGGCGCAACCGACUACGUCAACGCGUCGCAUAUCCAGCUCGCUGGGUCGAAACGCCGCUUCAUUGCGUCCCAGGGCCCGCUUCCUUCAACGUACGCCGACUUUUGGCAGAUGUGCGAGCAGCACCACGUCGGCGUCGUCGUCAUGUUGACCAACCUGGUCGAGAACGGUCGGGAAAAGUGUGGACGGUAUUGGGGGCCGCAACCCGAUGAUGGGUGGGUUGUCGAAGCGACUGGUGGAGGACAAGCGGACAAGGACGACCUUACGCAGAACAAGCCUAAUCAUGACGGGGGCUUCUUCGCCAUGUCCAAUGCGGAGGAGACGAAAUCCAAAGAAGCUGUGGAAGGGGAGUCGACGGUGCGACGAACGAUUCUGGUCCGACGCAAAUCGGCGGUCGAAGCGGCGAAACCUCCUCGCAAGGUCCGGCAUAUCCACUACCGCGCUUGGCCGGAUUUUGACAUCCCCGCCUCACCUUACGAACUCGUCGAGUUGGUUCACGAGGUCGAGGAUGCGCAAGAAGCGUACAAGCGCGAGGUCAACUGGCCGGCAGAUCAUGACGACCCUCCUAUCGUCGUCAAUUGCGCUGCUGGCUGUGGACGUACAGGGGUGUUCAUCAUCAUCUCGACAAUGCUCGAUGCGCUCCGGCAAAGUCGCAAGAGCAGGGCUCAGAAUGGGUCAGUAGGCCAAGCUCGUGUUCCCUCGAAGGACCGGAUGGAAGUCGAUACCUCGCCGCUCGUCACACCCACGCCCACACCCGGUGCACAAACCUUGAACCUCAGCUCGUCGGGCUUCGACUUCCGCGGCCGCACGCAACAGCGCCCCCAAGCUCCACUACCCGUCACAACACCGAGUUGCCUGAUCCCCGAGACGGCUUCCUUGUCGCUUAAUUCGCCAGGGAUGGUCAUCCCCGCUCCCCCUUCCGAAACCCCAAGUGUCUUCAACUUUACCUCCCCGGCGCCGUCCACGAAUCCUGCUCCGACUUCGUCAGCGCAACCUCAGCAAUCGAUGAGCCAAAAUACCACCAGUCCUCUCCUCCCUUUGACCUUACCUGAUUCGCCGGGCUACCACGAGCCGGCAUUGGAGUCAUUCGACCCCAUCUUUGCCGGCGUCAAUGAGAUGCGCGUGCAACGCAUGUCCAUGGUCGCCAACUAUCGGCAAUUCGUCUGCGUGCAUGAGUGUGUGCUCGUGGGGGUGAUCAAGGAGAUGGAGAAGGAGAAGGAAAGUGAAGUGAAUUGA